AUUUCUUAGGAAAACUGUUUACUUUAACUGAGAGUAUAAAAGGAAGUUGCAGAAAACAUGGGUCUCACAGUAUCAGCACUGGAGGACUCUUCAAAUCUGAGUAGAGGACUGCAAAAGCGAAAGGCUUUGCUUCAGUUUGUGAGAUACAAGGAGUCUGCAUCAUUUAAGACGAGGAUGAAUACUUCAAUCCAGUGCAUCAUUGUCCUGGCCUGCUGUAUCACUUACACUUCAAUGGCUAUCUUGCAUUGCCAGUGUAUAAAAAGAAGCAAGUCUGUUGACCCCUCUCUCAUCGCUGAUGUCAAGGAGUAUCCGCCUCGUCCAUACUGCAACAAAAAAGAAGUCAUUGCCGUACUGAAAGAUAAAACCUUACGGUGUCUUGACCACAGUUCACCUUUCAUCCAAGCAGUCAUGCAGACAAUAAAAAUGCAGAUGGUGGUCCGUGCUGCAAAGAAGAAUAUCACCAGCCCCAAAACAACCACAGUAUCAGCCACAGUGUCAGCUACAGUGUCAGCUACAGCAACGCCAGCAUCAUCAUAAUGCAAAUGUGUUUAUCAUCGUUGCAAUUAAACAGAGGUAUCUAAUUUGUACACCUUCCCAAAGUAAGGGUAUGGUUGCUGUUAGUUCCUGAUUGUUUCUACAAAAUCAAACCCAGGCAUUUGCUGAAACAAGUGAAAUAGUUUCACUUCAUUUGUUUUGAGUGUUGGUUACUGGAAGCUAAAAGUUAAUACUCCAGCAGCCAUAACUGAGGAUGGGCACAUUUAGUAGACAGUUUGUGAAACCAGAAUAUUCUUCCGGGUAAACAGAUGCAUGUAUGAAGUGUGAUUUAAGUAUGCUGAUAAGACUAUUGUAUUUCCACCCUAAAACACCUGCCUUAAGAUUUGAUCCACGGUUAAUGUGUUUGUUUUUUAACUACUACUAAUUGUAUUGUAUGUGUCCACACUACUGUGAUUUUAGAAGUAAAUUAUCAUCUUUCAAUAUUUUGUAAAAGACUUGUUCAUGUUGUAAUUCAAGCUGGCAGAUAAUAAUGUGAAGGUCAGUCAUGAAAGAAAUGGUGGUAAAGUAAACUUUUUUUGUUUUCCAUUUAUAUGUUAAAGCAUUAUUUGUUUUUGUAAUUUGAAGCUAUUUCUUUCUAU